AUGAAACCGUCUAUCGUCGCUUUACUCCUCCUUGCUGGCUCGGCGUCAGCUCACACAAUCUUCCAAGAACUUUGGGUCAAUGGAGUGUCAGCUGGCCAUCUCGUGGGCAUCCGUGCUCCUAGCUACGACGGUCCCAUCACAGACGUGAAUUCAAAUGAUGUGAUCUGCAACGGAGGGAUAAACCCUUAUCUCCAACCCGUGUCGAAGACUGUCAUACCUGUUCCUGCUGGCGCGCAAAUAACUGCCGAAUUCCAUCACACCCUCACCAGUGCCAACACCGGUGACGCCUCCGACCCGAUCGAUGCGUCGCACAAGGGCCCCAUCCUUGCAUACAUGGCCCAGGUUCCCGAUGCUACUCAGAGCUCUGUGACCGGCUUAAAAUGGUUCAAAAUCUACCACGACGGCUUGUCUGGCGGAACAUGGGCCGUUGACAAGCUCAUCCGGAACAAAGGCAAAGUCAGCUUUGCGAUUCCAACUUGCAUCUCUUCCGGCCAAUAUCUUCUUCGUGUAGAACUGAUAGCCCUGCACGGUGCCGGGAGCUACCCUGGAGCGCAGCUCUACAUGGAAUGUGCACAGAUUCAAGUGACUGGAGGAGGGAACACUUCUCCGGCUACUGUCAACUUCCCAGGUGCCUACAAGGGAUCUGACCCAGGUAUAACCGUAAAUAUCUACAGCGGUCUGACUAGCUACACCAUUCCUGGACCUCCCGUCUUCAGUUGCAGCGGGUCAAGCAACCCUGGAUCAGGUACUUCACCCACGACAACGGCAAAUCCAGUCACUACAGCGGCUCCGAUUACAACUAUUCCUGCUCCGGUUAGCACGACUGCACCAGGGGCUGUUGCCCAAUAUGGCCAAUGUGGCGGGCAAGGAUAUACUGGGCCAACUUCAUGCGUCGCGCCAUACACGUGCAUCAAGUCAAACGACUGGUACAGCCAAUGUCUCUAA